CUUACAAAAUUCUUGUAAGCAUCUUCCAAGAACGCCAAGUAUUAGACGACUGGUGCUAAUCGGUAGCUGGACACCAUGAGCACUACCAGUGGGAAGUCAGGAAACAGAACCGAACGCCAGGCUACUGAGGCAGCUGUAGUCACCGGAAUCGACAGCCUUACUAUCGUGGAUAAAGCGAAAAGCGGAGCGAAGGAUGCUGCGAAUCAGGUAACUGGCGCAGAAUGCGCAGCAGCUCUACAGCCUACAAAAACGGUCCUGAAUCCCAAGGCAGAUGAUGCAGUCGGUGCCGUCGCCGAGGAUCGUACGACGGGAACCAAGCCAAAGCAAGUAACUAAUCCAAGGGCUGCAGUCCCUGUCGACCCUCAACAAUUAUCGACGGCUCCAGCCGGUACGACAUUGUCCAGUAUACGAGUCAGAGUCACUAGAUUUAGCCAUUGCGAAAUGUGCAACGAUCGCGACAAUAGCAGGAUGGUGCAAUGCGAUAAUUGCAGUCUAUGGUAUCACUUUUCGUGCGUUGAUGUGACUAGUGGUAUAGCAGAUUAUAGCUGGGUCUGCCCUGCGUGUGCGGAAGAAAGCAGACAGCUGCACGGGACGUCAGCGCAUUGUGAGAUUCUACAUCAAGAUCCAUCGUCCAAUCAGUUGAGUUCUAAGAGGUCUCUUGGAAAAACGAGCAGCAAGCGAAGUGAGCAGCGAAGAAUCGAUCGUCGGCUACAGAAACUAGAAGAAUUAAAGGAACUGGAAAAAAGGUUUUUAGAAGAAAAAUAUCGCAUUCUGGACGAAGAAGACGACGACGUUGGAACGGUAACAAGCGAUGAUUCUAUGGCCACCAACGAAAUAGUAAAAAUUCAAGGUUGGCUGAGAGAGACGGAUCAAUGUGGUGAGGGCGACUCUGGGCUUGUCGAAGAGGAUGUGCGACCAAAUCCUGCUAUCGGCGGAAAUACGGGCCAUGAAACGCUUCAUGGGUUUGCGCCAAAUCAACGCUCUACGCCACGGAGUCAAAUCAAUCGUCAAGCACCAAGAUCAGAUUCGGCAGCGGCACGUGGUACCAAUAUGCAAUCCCACCGAAUGAUGGAUACUUUCAGUAUAUCCCGGUCCGAGCUGCGGUCUGGAACACGGAUGCAGUCCUACCCGACAAGAACUCUAGGGUGCCCAUCAGCAGCGAAAGUUCAUUUUCAGCAACCUGCGCAGUCAGAGAUAAGAAAUCAACAGCAUAUUAGUUCCGGGUCAGAUCGAAUACAACGACGUGAACGCUACCCAUCGUUAAUCGACGAGCCAGAACAUGACCAACAUCUAGACGAAGAUUCUUUAUGCGUUCUAAAUCGGAGUCAAUUAGCGGCGCGGCAGGUCGUGCCCAAAGAUCUUCCGGAAUUCAGCGGGAAUGCAGAGGAUUGGCCUCUGUUUUAUUCGACGUACAAUUCUUCGACACACAUGUGUGGUUUUUCUAACGAGGAAAACAUGCUGCGUAUUCGAAAAUGCUUAAAAGGCAAAGCCCUCGAAGCCGUACGAUGUCGGCUCCUUCAUCCGACUAACGUUGCCGGUGUGAUGUCUACGUUAAAAAUGCUGUAUGGUAGACCCGAAGCGAUUGUGCACGCGUCGAUUAGGAAGAUCAGAUCACUGCCAGCACCGCAAGUGGAGAAACUUGACACCUUGAUCAACUUUGCGUUGACCAUAGAAAAUUUGGUCGCAACCAUCGAAGCGUGUGGCGUUCAAGAUUUCGUAUACAAUGCAUCGUUGAAGUUUGAACUGAUCGAUCGGCUUCCCCCCGGUUUGAAAUUGGAUUGGGCGAAGCAUUCCAGGAAUAACCCAGCGCCAAACCUUACGGACUUCAGUUCUUGGUUAUAUGCAAUCGCAGAAGACGCCAGCACCGUAAUGCAAACUUCCAGUACCUCAGCCAGAAGCCGAUGGACAAAAAGCGAUGGAUUCAUCAACGUGCAUGCUGACGCUGACUGUACAAAUCUGCGAUCAUUACAAGCAGACAGGCCAGGAUCGCAAAGUUCAUCGUUAGUAGAACUACCAGAGUGUAUCGUUUGCAAAAACGACUGCCAAUCAGUGGCCAAAUGCAAACGAUUUACUGAACUCACUCUGGACGCUAAAUGGGACGUAGUUAGAGAGGCGAAGCUAUGCAGGAAAUGCUUACGUAGACAUAACGGAGUGUGUCGUCAGCAAAAACCGUGCGGUACCAGAGGAUGCACCUUUCUACAUCAUCCCUUGUUACACAAUGAGAGAUCGCAUGUUUCAAAUGGACCAUCGGAAACACCUGCCGACGCGUUUGGUAGUUGCAACAUCCACAUGACUCAAACCAAUGAGAUACUGUUCAGAAUUGUACCGGUAUUGAUUCAUGGACCUUCAAAAGUAAUACGAACCUAUGCGUUCAUAGACGACGGGUCAGAGCUGACACUAAUGGAACAAAGUCUCGCAGACGAAAUAGGAGUUUGGGGCCCAAAGUCAUCCCUGUGCCUUAAAUGGACGGGGGGCACGAACCGAGUGGAAGACGAAUCUCGAAAGGUUGCCGUGGAGAUAUCUGCUGUAGGAUUCGACUCUAGGCGACACCAGUUGACAAAUGUGCAGACAAUUCACGACCUACAACUACGCCCGCAAACCAUGGUGCUUUCUGAACUACAAGAACGAUUCAGUUACCUUAGCGGAUUACCAGUGGAGUCUUACAUCAAUGUCUGUCCUCGUAUCCUUAUCGGGCUGGAUAAUGCGUAUCUCGGACAUGUGCUGAAAAGUCGAGAAGGAAAACCACGCGAACCCAUCGCCGUCAAAACGCAACUAGGAUGGAUAAUCUAUGGCAGUUGUAACCAAAAGCGGCGAAGCUCAAAUUACGUCAAUGUACACACCAUAAAAGUUUGUGACUGUAAUCCACAAACCGAUGAAAACCUGCAUCUUGCGAUGAAAACCUAUUUUGACCUUGACAGCCUGGGGAUUUUAACUCCGAACAAGACUCUUCGAUCGCCCGAAGAACAACGUGCCGUAGAACUCCUGGAAAAGCAGACCAUACCUAAAGCAGGACGAUAUGAAGCGGGACUACUUUGGAAGUAUGAAAACGUACGUCUUCCAAACAGCAAAGAUAUGGCAUACAAGCGAUGGCAAUGUCUAGAUAGACGAAUGAAUCAGGACAAGCAACUAUCGGCAACUAUCCAACAAAAAAUGGCAGAUUACGUGUCUAAAGGGUACGUGCGAAAGCUGACGGAACCUGAACUCAACGUUCGUCCAGCUCGCGAGUGGUACUUACCGGUCUUUCCAGUUAUGAAUCCCAACAAGCCGAAUAAGGUUAGGCUGGUAUGGGAUGCAGCAGCCUGUGCAUAUGGAAUAUCACUCAAUUCGUUACUUCUUAAAGGUCCAGAUCUCCUUACGUCUCUCCUUACGGUGCUCAUUCAAUUUCGAGAAUUCCGUAUCGGAAUAUGCGGAGAUAUCCGUGAAAUGUACUUGCAAAUAUUGCUUAGCAAAGAUACUCGAUUGCGCUUCUUCUGGAAAGAGAACGAACAUGAUACAAGUCCACAAGUCUUCGAAAUGCUGGUAUUGCCUUUUGGAGUUUCGUGUGCGCCGACUAUAGCCCAAUAUGUUAAAAACAUCAACGCCAAACAAUUUGAACACGAGCUUCCUACGGCGGUUCGGGCAAUAGUUGAUCAACAUUACGUCGAUGACAUGCUUUCGAGUGUCGAAACUGAAGGAGAAGCCAUUGCCUUAGCAAGCAACGUAAAACAAAUCCAUGCAGCAGCCGGAUUCGAAAUGAGGAAUUGGAUUUCGAAUUCUGCAACUCUUCUAGAAGCGCUGGACGAACCGAAAACGGAGGAAAAAGAUCUAACAAUAGCCGAAGAAGGUGUGACUGAGAAAGUGCUUGGAUUAUGGUGGAAUACAAACACGGAUUGCUUCACCUUUAAGGUAUCGCCACGAUAUGAUCCUGAGUUGAUAUCAGGAAUGCGAAUUCCGACCAAACGUGAAGUGUUGAGAACCCUAAUGAUGAUAUUUGAUCCAUUGGGGCUCAUAGGUCACUUCCUUAUGUUCCUUAAAGUGAUUUUGCAAGAGAUCUGGAGAACGUCUGUAACCUGGGACGAUCCUAUUGAGGAAAUUCAAUUUGAAAAGUGGUUGCAGUGGCUGAAAGUGUUGCCUGAGGUAGAAAAGGUGGAAGUUCCUCGGUGCUACAGGUCAACGAUAUCGAUCGAAAGUGCUAUGGAGGUGCAAAUGCAUGUAUUUGUUGAUGCGAGUGAAAAUGGAUUUGCAGCGGUAGUGUACCUCCGAUUUCAGCAAGGCAACUUGACUGAAACUGCGUUGGUGGGAUCUAAAACCAGAGUUGCUCCGUUAAAAUUCUUAUCGAUUCCCCGUUCCGAACUUCAAGCUUGUGUUAUUGGAGCCCGAUUUUCCACCAGUAUACUCAAAUCGCUGACUGUAAAGGUAGACAGACGUUUCUUCUGGACCGACUCUAGCGACGUUAUCAGUUGGAUUAAUAGCGACCAUCGCCGGUAUAGUCAAUUUGUAGCCUUCCGGAUCAGCGAGAUACUUGACACUACCGAAAUGCACGAAUGGCAAUGGCUCCGAACCCAAUCCAAUGUAGCCGACGAAGGAACGAAGUGGAAGCGGGUUCCUGACUUGAGGAAUACUAGUCGAUGGUUUACUGGACCUGAUUUUUUGAAGAAACCAAUCAACGAAUGGCCGGUAGAGUUAGCGGCUCCAAAAGCGACCAAUGAGGAACUUCGUCCACAUCUACUCGUCCACGUUAUAGUGCCCGGUCCUGUUAUAGAUCCAGAAAACUUUUCCCAGUGGACACCUCUAGUGCGACGGGUAGCAUUAGUUUUCCGCUUCAUUAGCAACGUAAGAAUUUCUGAUGCUGAGCAGCGAAGCAAAGGAUCACUUACGACUUGCGAACUAGUACGAGCAGAAAGAUAUUUGUACCGUUUUGCACAAUGCUGUGCAUACGCGGAUGAAAUAGCAGUAUUGACAAAUAAGCGCGUAUCAAACGGUAAUGAGAUGUCGGUACCAAAGAGUAGCCCAAUAUAUCAGCUUUGUCCCUUCCUCGAUGAACAUGAUGUCCUCCGUAUGCGAGGCCGAACCGCCGCCUGUCCGUUCGUCGAUCAACAUGCUGUCAACCCAAUCAUUCUUCCAAGGAAUCAUCAAGUCACCCGACUGGUAGUGGGUCAUUAUCAUCGAAUGUAUCACCACCAAAAUCAUAACACUGUCCUCAACGAGCUUCGACAGCGGUACGUCAUAUCACGUUUAAAGGCCACCUUCAACAAGAUCCGUCGUGAUUGCCAGCAGUGCAAGAAUGAUCGCAUACGCCCUCUGGCACCCAUUAUGGGUAAUUUGCCUGUGGCUCGUCUGGCCGCCUACAGCCCUCCAUUUAGCCAUAUGGGUGUCGAUUAUUUUGGGCCUUUAUCAGUCAGUGUUGGGCGCAGGUCUGAAAAGCGGUGGGUCCUCCUAGCAACUUGCCUUACCACGCGGGCUAUCCAUCUUCAAGUUGUGCACUCCAUGACCACCAAUUCCUGUAUUAUGGCUAUAAGAAACGUUAUGGCCAGAAGAGGUACACCUGCUGUUAUUUACAGUGACAGAGGUACGAACUUUCAGGGAGCAUGCUCAGAAUUGGAGACCGCAAUGAAGAACUUAGAUAAUGAGAGACUGGCAAAGGAAUUCACCACUUCGAAUACUACCUGGACGUUCAUCCCUCCCGCAUCUCCACACAUGGGUGGAGCGUGGGAACGCUUGGUCAGAACGGUUAAGCAGAACUUAGACCGGAUCAAACCUAGCGAAAGUAUGCCACACGAAGUCCUGGAAAACAUGCUUAAUGAGGUUGAGAAUAUUAUUAAUUCUCGACCGUUGACGUCGAUCCCUAUCGAUAAUGAUCAAUCUCCAGUCUUGACGCCCAACCAUUUUCUUUUGGGGUCAAGCAAUGGGAUGAGGUCAUGGGUCCCGCUUGAUGAUAGUCCUAGAACACUGAAGAGCAGUUGGCAUUUCUCCCAAAUCUUGGCCAAUCGUUUUUGGAAGCUUUGGCUACAGGAUUACCUGCCAUCAAUCACCCGCCGAACCAAAUGGUUUACAGAAACCAAGCCAAUCAAGGUCAACGAUAUUGUUAUAAUAGUGGAUCCUAAGCUUGCCCGGAACUGCUGGCCUAAGGGGAGGGUAAUAGGUAUCAAGAAGAGUACAGAUGGACAAGUACGGAGCGCUACAGUGCAAACUUCCAGUGGCAUAUACGAACGACCAACAGUUAAGCUCGCCGUGCUUGACGUAGGCGUCGAAGAAAAUGCGCAUCCAGACGACCAGGAGCGCAUUCUGGGGGGCGCUGUUGAUUCCGCUACGUCGACACUCCGUCGAGCCCCCGAUGCCCCAGUUUCGACCACACCCGACGGCCAUCAAAGGGAUUGUUUCGUGCACGAUAGACGUCAGACCCCGUAGGUAGAAACAAUAGGGACACAGAACAAGCAAGUGAAUGUGAUGACAUGCAGAUCACUCUAGAAGCUAAAAUUAAAAUAAUUUGGAUUAAGUGAAUUACUUAUGCUCUAAUGAAAUGAAUUCCAAGUGCUACUUAUUAUCUAACUGUUUAGAUACCAUGCAAGUAAUUUAAACAUCUAAAUGGUGAAACUCGUGAUCUAUAUGCUAGUUGUUUCUUAUUGCAGUUUUUGAAGUAGCUUACUGGAAUUGUACUACACAUGAAUUCGUAGAUAUAUAUAAAAUUACAGAUAAGGGUGAGACAGAUUAUUUGGCAAAAUGCUUUGAUUAUAUCUACAUAUAUUUUUUCUUUAAUAGCAUAAAUUUAAGGAAGUGCAUUCAAAACUAGUAACUAGGAUACAUACACUUAAACACUAAAUUGAACUACGACACUUGUCACAGGGUGAGCAACUUAACUAUGUUUUAUCAAAAACCAUUAUUUAACCGUUAUAUAACACGAAUUAUUGCAGGAAGAAUUUAUAAGUUGAAGAAUCAACGCAUCAACUAGAACGGUUGAGCGGUAACGAAUUACUACAAGAAUUUUGUAAUUUAUUCUUCGUAUCAUCUCACCAAUAAAUUCACAUAAUUGACUAUUCGUCUAUUACCGCCCAAC